AUGGGAGUUGUUAACCAGGAAACCGUGACCUUCAAGGAUGUGGCUGUGGUCUUCACUGAGGAAGAGCUGGCGCUAUUGGACAAGACCCAGAUACACUUGCACCAGGACGUGAUGCGGGAGAACUUUAGGAACCUUGUCUCAGUGGGAAACAGGAUUAAAAACAACAUUUCAUAACUUCCAGGAAAAGGGUCGAGUUAUCUCUGGCAAGGAGUGCUCUACUGCCGGCAGAUUUGGAAACAAAGGCUCAGUGAAUUCACUGGGAGCCGGGAGUAUGUCGUGAAUCAUCAAGGGGAUUGUCCCCAGUAUUUAGAAGGAGAUGUUUCCUGCGAAGAGUGGGCCCGAGUGUCUCUUCAGAUUUCUGAAAAUGAGAACUAUGUAAUAAAGGCCACUAAUCUAGAAAAUCAAGAUGGCACCGCGUGGAAAGGCCUGACACAAGUCCUUACACUCGAGUGUUGGAAGGGAGCCCACAUAGUGACUGAGCCCGAGUUCUCGAACCGUAUGAGAAUUCACAUGGAACAGAAACCAUAUGGAGGUGCUCAGUGUGAUGACGGCGUCAGUCAGACGUCAUGUGAAAAUGGAGAUUCCCAAGAACGUAGAAGAUACACUCACUGUGGGAAACACUUUGCGAAGUCAACAGUCAAAUGACAUAAAACGGUCCCUGUGGUACCACAACCUGUCAAAUGUAAUGACUGUGAAGUGGGCCACGUAGAUGUUGCAGACCCUCCUGUCCAUCCCAGUGCCCACAGAGAGCAGUCUUGUAGACGUGACCAGUGUGGACGGGACUUCGGUCAGAGCUCGGACCUGAUGGUUCAUGAUAAAACUCAUUCAGAUGAGAAAGCUUAUGAAUAUCAAAAGUAGGCUGAGGGCUGUCAGCAGAGCUCAGACCCUCCUAGAUACCAGAAGGACCCCUUGGGAGACAAACCCUACAAAUGUCCCGAAUAUGGCUAGGUUUUCAGUACAACUUGUCUUCUCAAUCAUCACCGAGUCCACACGGGCAGAUGUGGUGUGUGUGGGAAGGGGUUUGGAUUUAGGUCACUUCUGUGUAUUCAUCAGGGAGUGCACACAGGGAAAAAGCCCUACAAAUGUGAGGAGUGUGGGUAGGGCUUUGAUCAGAGCUCCAAUCUUACUGUCCCCCAGAGAGUCCGUGCUGGAGAGAAGCCCUACAAAUGCGGUGAGUGCAGCAAAUGCUUCAGUUCAAGCUCUGUUCUUCAAGUCCACGGGAGGCUGCACUCGGGGGAGAGGCCUUACCGGUGUGGCGAGUGUGGAAAGGGCUUCAGCCAAAGCACACACCUUCACAUUCACCAGCGAGUCCACACCGGGGCGAAGCCCUGCACGUGCAAUGUGUGCGGAAAGGCUUUUGCAUACAGCGCAGUUCUUCACACUCAUCAGAGGGCUCACACGGGAGAAAAGCCUUACACACGUGACGUGUGCAGUAAGGGCUUCAGUUACAGCUCAUACUUUCACUUACAUCAAAGAGAUCGGACCAGAGAGAAACCAUAUAAAUGCCAUGAGUGUGGGAAGGGCUUCAGUGGGAGUUCAGAUCUCAUGCACGUCUGAGUCCACACAGGAGAGAGGCCCUGUAAGUGUAAAGAAUGUGGGAAGGGCUUCAGUGGUAACGCAUGCCAUCUUGCUCCCCAGAGAGCGCGGGAGUUAGCGGCCAUUAUCCCCCAGGUAGUAGUGAGAGUUGACUCCCGACAGCGACCCUAUGCCUCCUUAGAAUAG